AUGGCCAGUGAAGCCACCAACAUCCCAAGUCCUGUGGUGCGCCAGAUUGACAAGCAGUUUCUGAUUUGCAGUAUAUGCCUGGAGCGGUACAAGAACCCCAAGGUCCUCCCCUGUCUGCACACAUUCUGCGAGAGGUGCCUGCAGAACUACAUUCCCGCCCACAGCCUGACCCUCUCCUGCCCAGUGUGCCGCCAGACCUCCAUCCUGCCCGAGAAGGGGGUGGCCGCACUCCAGAACAACUUCUUCAUCACGAACCUGAUGGACGUGCUGCAGCGAACGCCAGGCAGCAACGUUGAGGAGUCCUCCAUCCUGGAGACGGUCACCGCAGUGGCUGCCGGAAAGCCCCUCUCCUGCCCAAACCACGAUGGGAAUGUGAUGGACUUUUACUGCCAGUCUUGUGAGACCGCCAUGUGUCGGGAGUGCACGGAGGGGGAGCACGCGGAACACCCCACGGUGCCCCUCAAGGACGUGGUGGAGCAGCACAAGGCCUCGCUCCAGGUCCAGCUGGACGCCGUCAACAAAAGGCUCCCAGAAAUAGAUUCUGCUCUUCAGUUCAUCUCCGAAAUCAUUCAUCAGCUAACCAAUCAGAAGGCCAGCAUCGUGGAUGACAUCCAUUCCACCUUUGAUGAGCUCCAGAAAACUUUAAAUGUGCGCAAGAGUGUGCUGCUUAUGGAACUGGAGGUCAACUAUGGCCUCAAACACAAAGUGCUGCAGUCGCAGCUGGAUACCCUGCUGGAGGGGCAGGAGAGCAUCAAGAGCUGCAGCAACUUCACGGCGCAGGCCCUGCACCACGGCACGGAGACGGAGGUGCUGCUGGUGAAGAAGCAGAUGAGCGAGAAGCUGAACGAGCUGGCCGACCAGGACUUCCCGCUGCACCCGCGCGAGAACGACCAGCUGGACUUCCUCGUGGAGACCGAGGGGCUCAAGAAGUCCAUCCACAACCUCGGCACCAUCCUCACCACCAACGCCGUCGCCUCCGAGACGGUGGCCACGGGCGAGGGGCUGCGGCAGACCAUCAUCGGGCAGCCCAUGUCCGUGACCAUCACCACCAAGGACAAGGACGGCGAGCUCUGCAAGACCGGCAACGCCUACCUCACGGCCGAGCUGAGCACGCCCGACGGCAGCGUGGCGGACGGCGAGAUCCUGGACAACAAGAACGGCACCUACGAGUUCCUGUACACCGUGCAGAAGGAGGGCGACUUCACGCUCUCGCUGCGCCUCUACGACCAGCACAUCCGCGGCAGCCCCUUCAAGCUCAAGGUCAUCCGCUCGGCCGACGUGUCGCCCACCACGGAGGGCGUCAAGCGGCGCGUCAAGUCCCCCGGGAGCGGCCACGUGAAGCAGAAGGCGGUGAAGCGGCCCGCGAGCAUGUACAGCACCGGCAAGAGGAAAGAGAACCCCAUCGAGGACGACCUCAUCUUCCGCGUGGGCACCAAAGGAAGAAAUAAAGGAGAGUUUACAAAUCUCCAAGGGGUAGCUGCGUCUACCAGUGGGAAGAUAUUAAUUGCAGACAGUAACAACCAGUGUGUGCAGAUAUUCUCCAACGACGGCCAAUUCAAAAGUCGCUUUGGCAUACGAGGACGCUCCCCUGGGCAGCUGCAGCGGCCCACAGGCGUGGCUGUGCAUCCCAGCGGGGACAUCAUUAUUGCAGAUUACGAUAACAAAUGGGUUAGCAUUUUCUCUUCAGAUGGGAAGUUCAAGACAAAAAUCGGAUCGGGAAAGCUGAUGGGGCCCAAAGGCGUUUCCGUGGACCGCAACGGGCACAUCAUCGUGGUGGAUAACAAGGCGUGCUGCGUGUUCAUCUUCCAGCCAAACGGGAAAAUAGUCACCAGGUUUGGUAGCCGAGGAAAUGGGGACAGACAGUUUGCAGGUCCCCAUUUUGCAGCUGUAAAUAGCAAUAAUGAAAUUAUUGUUACAGAUUUCCAUAACCAUUCUGUCAAGGUUUUUAAUCAGGAAGGAGAAUUCAUGUUGAAGUUUGGCUCAAAUGGAGAAGGAAAUGGACAGUUUAAUGCUCCAACGGGGGUAGCUGUGGAUUCAAACGGAAACAUCAUUGUAGCCGACUGGGGCAACAGCAGGAUCCAGGUUUUUGAUGGAAGUGGAUCGUUUCUGUCCUACAUUAACACAUCCGCUGACCCACUCUAUGGUCCCCAAGGCCUGGCCCUGACCUCAGAUGGCCACGUUGUGGUUGCAGACUCUGGGAACCACUGUUUCAAGGUCUACCGGUACUUACAGUAA